AUCUGCAGUUAUUGUAAAAUUGGAUGAUGUAAGAAUGGCUGGGAGAAAUUUCAGAUUACUGGCAGCAAGAGUAGCAAGCUCGAAAGUCAAGGGACUUGGUGCAGUGGGCACGCACCUUAAAUAGAUUUUUAUUCCCAAUUUGCCAGUCCAAACUUAAAUAUAAUAAGGUGUUGGAUAAGUUGUCAUUGAGGAUGUAGUGCAAUCUAGGCGAAUAAAGUGGGACAAAUGGUUGAUUGUUGAAUGUUCAUCGACAUGAAAUAGUUAAACAAAAGUGAUAAAAUUUAAGCUAAAGACGUCCUUGAAUUCGAAUCGAGGUAUACUAGCAGGCAUUCAGUAAAUGCUUUGUGUAAAUACUUUUGAAUGGGAGAAGCAAAAAUUUUUAUUAUGCUUGCAAAUGUUUUUGCAGACAAUUGACGACAAGGUUAAAAAAGAAAUAGCGGAUACAGUUCAACAAGUUACGACUGCAAAACUAACGGAUGUGAAGGAAUUGACUACGGACAUUUAUUUGGUGUGUUACGAAGAGAAAAUACGCGAUACAGUCGAACGUAAUUUGGAGCAUAAACUUGUCGGCAAACAAUAUGUGCCAUUAGGGUCACCGACGCCUACGCCCAAAUCAGAAAUAAAAGAUCUACCGCCACCGCCACCGCCACCGCCGCCGCCAGCGUCACCGCCAACAGAACCAGCCAAAAAAGAUGCAAAAGAUGGAAAGCCUUCACCUUCCGCCAAUGGUACGGCCACUUUACCUGUUGAUAAAUCUACUCCUCCUCCUGUAAUUAAAUCUGCUCCUGCUCAGCCCGUCACACCUGCGAAACCGAAAAAUGCGGCCGAAAAAUCAAAUCUGGUCAAGCCAACAAAAGAAGAAGUUUAA